AUGGCACCUACCUCAUGCUCAAUCCUACUUACAUUCCUCUUGAUUUUGGUUGUUCCUAUUACCAGUGACGUGCCAGUUUGGCCGAUAUGGGACCCACAAGACCCGAAAGUUGUAUCUAUCGCAAAAUUUGCAGUGACAGAACACAAUAAGAAGGCUAACACAAUGUUGCAAUAUGUAUCUAUCGGCAAUGGAUAUUAUUCAUUGUAUAGCCAAAAACACAACUAUCAAGUCUAUUUAGGAUUCAGAGCCGUAGAUCGUAACAAGUCCACCUCUCCGUUAUUAUAUGACGCAUCUGUUUUGUACAGACCGCUGCAGAAAAAUAAUUCUAUGGAACUCGAUAGCUUCACCCCAUUUGAAGGUUAUGUGCAUGGUGGUCUGUGGCCGGUCGAGAGCCCAUUAGAUCCAAGAGUAGUGUCUGUCGCAAAAUUUGCAGUGAAAGAGUAUAGUAAAAAGACUAAUACAACCCUACACUUUGUAACUGUAAUCAAGGGAAAAGAGUAUAUGGUUGCAAGCUCUUUAUACCAUCUAUUGAUCUUAGCUAAACAGAAAAGCACUACAUCUCCCAAAAAAUAUGAAGCAGCAGUUUGGUAUAGACCGUGGGAGAUAAAGGACGACGGGUUCAAGCUCGAAUCGUUUAAAAUACUAUCAAAGUCAAUCUGGAUAGACUAA